AUGGCAAUCGGACAGCGCUCGAUGACGGGCAGAGAUCUCGAAAGCACAAAGUCUGGAUCUCUCCCCAGGCACGUGCUCCCCGAUCGUCAUUCCUCUCCCAUGGACCACCGUCUCCUCCUCCCCCCGCACGCUCUUCCCCCCGCGCAUUUCGCCCCCAGCCAGGACCAGAUCGAGAUCACCGGCUACCAGCUCUACGCAGUCGAGAAGUGGAUCGUCGAGCGCAAGAACAUCCCCAUCCUCGUUGUCUACACCGGCGACCCGGCUCACAGGGUUUCCCUCACUGCCCUCACUCCCGACCCGCCAACCGCCUGGGAUGCUGCCAUCACGCUCCUCCGCGCAGACGGUGCAAAGCCAAAGAAAACCCCCCACGGCGUACUCAUGGUCACCUCCCUCGCCCACUUCCGCUCCGACUACACCAUCGUACACAUCCCCGACGGAAACUUCCUCCCCGUCAGGGACCAGCUCUAUGCGAAUAUAAACCUCCUCCGCAUGGGCUGCAGCGGCCGUACCGCCCUCACCCUCGAAGACCCCAGUGACACGACAAAGGACCGCUUCAUCUCUACCUACCACCUCCCCGAGACCACGACCACCGUCUCCCACUCACUCACCUCCCUUGAUCAUCUCCCGCUCACCCAAGCACAGUCGCCGUCAGCAUCCCCGCGUCCAAAGCCCAAUAGCCCCCAAAUAGGCCUCGGCCGGCCCUCCAUCACCGCCAUAGCCCGCUCCGAACGCCAGCCAAACCACAGCACAUCCUCUCUCCCAACUCGCAAGGAGAAAGAAAAGCCUUUCCAUGGAAAGACAAAGGAACGCGCAACCUUUGUCGCCACUGUCCUCGAGCUCGUCAAGCUCGUCCAAGCCGGCCUUGCUCUUUUUGGCCUCUAUGGCUGCAACGACUCCCCGAACUCUGUCCCAGCAAACCUCGUCCUCGAUGGGCUCUUGUGCGACGACACGGUCGAAGGUAUUCGGCGCUGGAUCGCGACUAUUGGCGGACCGUGUGUCGGCCUCGAGCCUUCAGAACGACUAGCAGACCCCAUGUUCGUCGCCGCCCUCCUCAGCCUCGUCCUCUCCAUCCGCAACAAGCUCGCCCACCUCGCUUGCUCAUCUCUCCCCCGCGACCCCUUCCUCAAUCCACACGCCUUCUCAAUCGCCCUCGGCUCCUACGUCCAAACCACCGCCCCUACCCCGGCCGUAACCCCCAGUCCCCCCUCCUCACACGCCACGAGCCCCCCCUUCUUCAUGCCCCACACCGCCUUUGGCACACACCACCUCGCCAUCGCUCACCUCGCAGGCAUCCCCACGCCACCCAGCUACACGCCCUCGCCCUUCAUACCCGCCGCCCCGCCCCCUGCGAACCUCCUCUCGGCUGCAGCUGCGAGUGCUGCCGCGCUCGCCUCGGGAACGAGAACUCCUACCCACGAACAGCAGAGGAGUGGUGUGGUGCUCACGAGAGAGCUGGUAGAGAGCAUCGGCGCAGCACACGACGCAAAGGUCAAGUCGGAGAGCAGGAAGGUGCGCAAGGCGAUCAAGAACCGGCUUGCCCCUGACGGCUAUCGCGAGCGCACGAGUGGCGCUGGUGGCGAACGACGCAAAACGCUCUCCAUCAGCCUGAGUGGGGCGGAGAGCGCAGGUGGUGCAGGCGAGCGCUCGCCUGUUGGCUCUGGGGGCCCUGCGAGCGGUAUCGGCUCGAGUGGCGGGCAGAUCCUGAGUGGCAUCGGGAGUCUGGCGAGCGGGCUGGGUGGGCUCGUCGUUGGUGGCCCUGGGGGCGGAGGUGCGGGUGUAGGAGGGGACGCGAGCUGCGUUUUAGCGCCGACCGUUGACUUGCCGGGUUUUGUGUCCUUCGCUCUUGGCUCUGGGUCGGGCGCAGGCGCGGGUGGGAAUACGGGUGCAAGUGCAGGAGGGAGCGCCGCGCGCAGGGAGAAGAAGCAGCGCAAGAGCGUCGAGCGCGAGCGGCGGCGCGAGAGCGUGGACACUGGGAUCGGGAUUGGGUAUGCGUACGCCCAUGCGCGGGAACGCGAACGCGAGAGAGACCGCGAAGGCCGAGACGCGGUCGGUGCGGUCGGUGCCAGCGUCAAAGCACUCUGGGGCGGGCGCGUCGCCGACGUCGUCCGCAUGCGCGAAGGCUCGUUCGACGACCUCAGUCCCCACUCCUCCCACCCGCACAUACAUGGCAGCCUAGGCCAUAGAGAGAGGUGGAAGCGCUCGGGCGGGGUACCCCUCGCCGUGGCGAGCGACGGAGACGGAGACGAGUCCUAUCGCGAGGGCGGCCGGCAUGGGAAGAACUUGAAGUACGACGGACGCUCGACGGAGGACGAGAGCGAUACGAUUGGCGGAGGAGGGGGAGGGCAUGCGGGAGGUAGCAGCGUGCAGUCUUUCGGAGGCGCGUGGGGCGGGCGGGUCAAGGGCAAGUUGGGGUCUUGGGCUGGGUUGGGCCGACGAAAACACCAAUCCGUCGACCUCAGCGCGACAUCCUCCGUCGGCUCCUCUCUGAAACUUCCUCUUCACCCUCUCAACCCUCUCACCUCGUCGUCGUCGAAGGAUGCCCCUCCGCCUCUGCCCAAGCUCUCCAUCGGGCCGAACACCACCACCAAUGCGGAUAUUAGUCGGAGUCCGAGUGUCAACACGAACCCGUACGCCGCACUUGGAGUUGGCGGAAGUAGGAGCAGGCGCCCGCCUGCGACGCGCCAGUCGACGGGCACGGGUGCGGUGGCUGCGGGUGCGGGCGUGGGAUCGCGACCGCAGUCGCCCAUGGUGUUCUCUGCCGAAGCCGACCGCGAGCUGGAGGACGACGACCUGCUGAGCAGCGGACAGGUGUCGCCGUUGAGCGACUACCGCCCCAACCCGUUCAACUUCAACCUCGGAAGCCGCACGCGCCUCGGCGUAGGUGGUGCUCACCCUGGCGCUCCUUCCGGGUCCGCAGGAGGAGGAGGAGGAGGGGGGUCGUCGACGCACCUGGACGAACGCACGCUCGCAAGGCUCCUCGCACAGAAACGCCCCGGUGGGACGCAGCGCUUCGUACAGGGCACGCGCGUGUCGAGCUGGGCGGACCCAGUCAGUGCGCGCGAGGGCGAGCUGGACGGGGACGAGGAGGGCGACGGGGCAUCCGGCACGGGGCUCAGGAACAGGCCGCAGUCACGCUCGCGAGAGAGGUACGCGGACGAGGAGGGCGAGGACGAGAGCGAUAUCAGUGAGUUGAGGGUUGGUGGUGGUGGGAUGGGUGCAGGUGUGAAGAGGAAGGAGAAGGCGCGCUUCCAUAGUCUGCUGAGCGUCGUCGAUGGUGAAGGCGUGCUUGCAGAGGAGCUCAUGGAGAGCUCGGCGGAUGAUAGUGAUGAUGAAGCCGAGGAGGAGGUCAAGGAUGAUCAGCACUUGAGGAGGCAGAGAGGUAUGGGGUUUGAUAUGAAGCGACGGAGGAGUUUCCACGACCUUGGUACAUUCCACGGUAUCGAGGUCCUCUCCCCGGAACGAAUGCGCAUCGAUGUCGACAUCUGCGGGCAGGUGCUCACCCUCCUUCGGCGCGAGGACCACGUCCGCAACGUCAUAAAAUGCGUCCAGCUCGUCGCGCACGCGCUCGAGCAGUCCAACGCGUCCAUGCGUGAGCACUACGAGUCGCACCUCUCCGCGCUCGUCGACAUCGACCUGCGCUCGCGCGUCCUCGCCGAGAUCGAUAUCGAGAACGCUACCUCGGACCGCAUCUCCCAGGCCACCAACAUGCUCCGGUACGAGGCGGAGCAGUUCAACGUGCGCGACCUCUGGCAGGCUGCAAGCCCGUCGCGGCAGAAGGUCUUCGCACUGCGCGAGAAGGUGUUCGGUACGGGCGGGAGGAGGUUGCCUACUGGCGUGCAUGGUGCACAUGAUACGUUCAACCGCCUGCAGUGGACGCUCGAUGGGCAGAAACGGCUCGUGGACCACCUCGGGCGCACGGAGAGUGAGGCGGAGGAAGAGCGCCGUAUUGAUCCCCAUAGGCUGUUUAUUGGCGGCCCGCCGGAGACGGAGGACGAGGAGGAUGUGGUAGAGCAUCCGGGCAUGAAGCCGAUGUGGCUGUUGAGGUUCUUUACUAGCUGGGGUGCGCGAUGGAGCGCGGCUGCAAGUACACCAGCAUCGACUUCUGCGCCGGCGAUGAGCAAGGAGCGUAAAGUCGGGUCGACGUCACCUUCGCCUCCUGGAGAACCUGACGCGUCGAGCCCUGUUUCCGACGAUGAGAAACAGGCCUCUGUCAAAAACGGCGCAGGUGGAUCUGUCUCGAACUAA